AAUCAGUACACAAAGGUUAAAGGCGAUCGUCGCUGCUUCGACGUAAUUUGUGUGUUUUGCUUUUUAACAUUUGUGCCGCUUUGCGAUUCGCCAGUCCGUAACAAGAAACAAGACAGUUCCUCCUAAAUAUCAGCUAAUAAUGAGUUACCAGGACGAAGAGGAACAGGUGGGAUCGUUUCCCAAAGACUUCGGUUACGGGGAUUUCGAUCACGAGACCGAUAGCAACCGAGUAUCGGACGAUAAGCCCCGCAUACUGCUGAUGGGUUUGCGUCGGUCCGGCAAGAGUUCGAUACAGAAGGUGGUUUUUCAUAAGAUGUCUCCAAACGAAACACUGUUUCUGGAAUCGACCAAUAAAAUCGUGAAGGACGACAUCAACAACAACAGCUUCGUUCAGUUCCAAAUAUGGGACUUUCCUGGACAGAUCGACUUUUUUGACCCGACGUUCGAUUCGGAUAUGAUAUUCGGAGGCUGCGGAGCGCUAGUGUUUGUGAUCGAUGCACAGGAUGACUAUUCCGAGGCACUGACCAAGCUGAACCAAACCGUAACCAAAGCGUACAAGGUCAACCCACGGAUCAAGUUUGAGGUUUUUAUUCACAAAGUGGAUGGCGUUAGUGACGAUUUUAAGAUGGAAUCCCAGCGCGACAUUCAUUCGCGUGCCACCGACGAUCUGCUCGAUGCCGGCCUAGAAGGGGUCCAUCUAAAUUUCCACCUCACGUCGAUUUAUGACCACUCGAUUUUCGAAGCUUUUUCAAAAGUAGUCCAAAAGCUGAUUCCACAGCUGGCUGCGCUGGAAAAUCUGUUGAAUCUGUUCAUACAUAACUCUGGCAUAGAAAAGGCAUUCCUGUUCGAUGUGGUAUCGAAGAUUUACAUUGCGACCGAUGCCACGCCCGUGGAUAUGCAGAGUUACGAGCUGUGUUGCGAUAUGAUUGAUGUUGUCAUUGAUUUGUCGUGUAUAUACGGGUCCCGAGACAAUCCGGAUGUGCCAGCGUUCGACAACCAAAGUUCGAGCAUCAUCAAAAUGAACAACAGUACGGUUCUGUACCUUAGGGAAGUGAACAAAUUCCUAGCUCUCGUGUGCAUUAUUCGCGAAGAAAGCUUUGCCCGGCAGGGAGUUAUCGAUUACAAUUUUCUUUGCUUCCGCGAGGCAAUAACGCAAGUGUUCGAGCUCCGCUUUAAACACCAGAAGCUCGAUGCCCUAGAACAGGAGUCAGAUAAUGUGAGUGAUUAUCAAGUGAAUGCGGCCUUAUCGUCAAUGAACGGAAGCGCCUAGAAGAGUUGUUACGCAAAGCCGCCGAGCGGGAAAUCGCAAGGAAAUUGAUAGAGACGGUACGCUAAAAAGAAGUAUGUAAUGUGAGCCAAACUAACUUCAAGCAAUCUUGUACAGUGUACGCACUAGGUUAAAAGUUUUCUCUCUUGCGUUGAAAUAUUUGUUUUGUUUGCGAAUACGUUCUGAUGGCAGAUUCUAUGAUGUUGAGUCAAAUUAAUAUACAUUCAAAUUC